GGGACGGAGAGGCAGCCCCGAGCCGCUCCGCGCCGCCGCCCGCCCCGGGGCCGCGCCGUGCUGGGCAGGGGCCAGGCCGAGCGCUGCGGUCUCCUGAGAACAUUUUUUUCUGAGUGAUUCCAGCUUCCAGACAUUUGCCAUGAUAAGGGUUUCGAUCCUUUCCCAUAUUUGCCCUGAGUCAUGAGUGGAUAUGUGUGAUGCCUGCAAGUAAAACUGCCGAGGUACAGAAGCUGUCCGGCGGAGCAGCGCUGAGGUCGCUCCGGAGCGCUGAUGGGCGAGGCGUAGCAUGGGCAGCAUCAGUGUGCAACUCAGACUCCAAAUUUGGAGAGUUCUCUGUCCAGAGAAUGCCUGUUUGGUCCAGAACAUAUUUGAAGCUGAAGGGUAAGAAGAGUGACCUAUUUGGGUGGCUGUAACUGAAGAUUGCGUUACAGGAGCAACAGCAGAAGGUUUUUGAGUCAUGAUGCAAGAAUCUGGGACUGAGACAAAAAGUAACGGUUCAGCCAUUCAGAAUGGAGCGAGCGGUGGCAACCACUUACUAGAGUGCAGCCUGCGGGAGGUGAGAUCAAACGGCGAGACACCUUCAGUUGAAAUUGGGGCUGCAGAUUUAACACAUCUUCAGCAACAGCAGGCUCUCCAGGUAGCACGGCAACUUCUACUACAACAGCAGCAGCAGCAGCAACAGCAGCAACAACAGCAGCAGCAGCAGCAAGUUAGCGGAUUAAAGUCUCCGAAGAGGAAUGACAAACAGCCGGCCCUGCAGGUUCCUGUGUCGGUGGCUAUGAUGACACCUCAAGUGAUCACUCCCCAGCAAAUGCAGCAGAUCCUCCAGCAACAAGUGCUAACUCCCCAGCAACUCCAAGUCCUGCUCCAGCAGCAGCAGGCACUCAUGCUUCAACAGCAGCAGCUUCAAGAGUUUUAUAAGAAACAACAGGAACAGUUGCAGCUUCAACUUUUACAGCAACAACAUGCUGGAAAACAGCCUAAAGAGCCCCAGCAACAGCAGGUGGCUACGCAGCAGUUGGCCUUUCAGCAGCAACUCUUACAGAUGCAGCAGUUGCAACAGCAGCACCUCCUGACUUUGCAGCGUCAAGGGCUGCUGACAAUCCAGCCUGGCCAGCCUACUCUGCCUUUGCAGCCCCUUGCACAAGGCAUGAUUCCAACAGAACUGCAGCAGCUCUGGAAGGAAGUGACAAGCUCGCACACAGCCGAGGAGGCAGCCAGCAACAACCACAGCAGCCUCGACCUGUCCACCACCUGCGUCUCCUCAUCCGCACCGUCUAAGACCUCCUUAAUAAUAAACCCGCACGCGUCAACCAACGGACAGCUAUCGGUUCACACUCCUAAACGGGAGAGUUUAUCCCACGAGGAGCACUCACACAGCCAUCCGCUCUAUGGACACGGCGUAUGCAAAUGGCCAGGCUGUGAAGCAGUAUGUGAAGACUUCCAGUCGUUUCUAAAACAUCUCAACAGUGAGCAUGCGCUGGAUGAUAGAAGUACAGCCCAAUGUAGAGUACAAAUGCAGGUUGUACAGCAGUUAGAGCUACAGCUUGCAAAAGAUAAAGAGCGCCUGCAAGCCAUGAUGACACACCUGCAUGUGAAGUCAACUGAACCAAAAGCCACCCCUCAGCCUCUCAAUCUGGUGUCCAGCGUCACGCUUUCCAAGACAGCGUCCGAGGCUUCUCCACAGAGCUUACCUCAUACUCCCACCACCCCGACUGCACCCAUCACUCCCGUCACGCAGGGACCGUCGGUCAUCACUACCACGAGCAUGCACAACGUCGGGCCCAUCCGGAGGCGGUACUCGGAUAAAUACAACGUCCCCAUUUCUUCAGCAGAUAUUGCCCAGAACCAAGAAUUUUAUAAGAACGCAGAAGUUAGACCACCGUUCACGUAUGCAUCUUUAAUUAGGCAGGCCAUCCUCGAAUCUCCAGAAAAACAGCUAACACUAAAUGAAAUCUACAACUGGUUCACGCGAAUGUUUGCUUACUUCAGGCGCAACGCGGCGACGUGGAAGAAUGCAGUGCGUCAUAAUCUUAGUCUUCACAAGUGUUUUGUGCGAGUAGAAAACGUUAAAGGGGCAGUAUGGACAGUGGAUGAACAAGAGUUCCAAAAACGAAGGCCACAAAAGAUCAGUGGUAACCCUUCUCUUAUUAAAAACAUACAGACCAGCCACACCUACUGCACACCUCUCAAUGCUGCUUUACAGGCUUCAAUGGCUGAGAACAGUAUACCUCUAUACACUACUGCUUCCAUGGGAAAUCCCACUCUGGGCAACCUAGCCAACGUGAUGAGGGAAGAGCUUAAUGGUGCAAUGGAGCAUACGAACAGUAAUGGGAGUGACAGUAGUCCAGGACGUUCCCCUAUGCAAGCAAUGCACCCCGUGCAUGUCAAAGAAGAACCGCUAGAUCCAGAUGAAAAUGAAGGCCCGCUCUCCUUAGUGACAACAGCCAACCACAGUCCAGAUUUUGAUCACGACAGAGAUUAUGAAGACGAACCUGUAAAUGAGGACAUAGAAUGAGUAUGUCUGACGUCAUCAUCCUGAGAAUGAAGAUGGGAAGAACACGUCAAACCUAGCUGUGAAAUCUCUCCAUUGUUGUACAGUCUGGAGGAUUCUCAGUCCGCUUUGACAACUAUGAAAUAUGUUAACUCUUAGUGCCAUCAAGUAUCCCAUUUGGGAGUAUUUUUGAUUUUUCUACUUUUUGUUGAAAAAAGGAAUUUGUACUCUGUGCAUUGGAUGGACUUGUUUGGUACUUGGGAUUUUCCUCUCUUACAGUCAACGUCAGUGUUGUAAAUUUGCUAAACUGAUUCACUUACAUUUAGCAGCCAACUGUGGACUGCAGGUCCUGCCAAUUUUGGACACUUGAGGACAUCAAACUGAGCAUGUACACCAGAACUGCAGAUCAAGUCUUUGCCCAGAUUUUAAGGAUUCCAAUGGACAACAUAUUUGCACAGUACUGCAUGUUGAUUAUCACUGCCUUUACUCCAUUUUGUUGUUUUUCGGGUUUUUUGUUUUGGUUUGGUUUUUUUUUUGGUUUUUUUUUUUUCUGUUUUGUUUUUUGUUUUGCUUCCAUUUGGGAUGGGGAAGGCCUGUGUGUGCACGUGUGUGGAUAUGUGUGUGUGCGUGUGAGCGUGUCUAUCGGGGAGGGGUUAAAAAGAAAAAAUUAUCCCAAACUUUUUAAUGUAUUGCUUUUAUUCCCCCGCCCCACUUCUCCUCUACCAUUUUAAGUUCUGACCUCAGGCCUCAUCUGGGCCCAGGGCCUCUCGGAGGCUUCAACGUUUUCUGUACUUUGUGAUGAAUGUUAAUAGGUGUUUUUAUUAUACGAAGCUGAAUGUCAUUGAAUUGUUUGUAGUUUUUUCUGUCAUUCAUUCCAGUUUCCUUCAGAUGCCACCAUGUUUUCUUUAGCUGUGGAAAACAUUCCAUUUCGGUGUCUCUAUUUUUGUUAUUGUUUUUUGAAGAGGUCCCAAAUGCUGCACUAUACAUGUGGAAGGGUUGUCCAGCGGAGAGAGAGAAACGAAGUACUGCAAGAAUGAGAAUGAAUGGCAGAUGAACAUAGAAACGCUGUAGGAAGCAACACAGAUUCAUUCCGCAAAGCAGUAUUUUUUUGUUGUUGUCGUUUUGGGUUGGUUUUUAUUUUGAGAUUUCUUUUUUGGCAGCAAUGGUGAAUAUUAGCAAAUGCCACAAAAUGGAACAGCACAAAGAAAUGUAUGCAGCACCAACAGAAUUCACUUUUAUUAGAGGAUGGAUAGUACAGUGGCAGGCUCUCGGUUGUUUAACACGAGUUUUAAUGGGUCAACAAAUCUUUCUGGAAUAUCUAAGAUUACUGAGAUGGGCACCUAUACAUUUAUUAUGACUUUUUUUUUUUCUUUUUGCAUUUGCAUUGGCAAAUAGUGGUUGGAAAGAUGACUUCAUUAAAUUGUUAUUGUACGUGGCGAUGUUUCACGGUUAAACAUCAGUUCAGGAUUGCUUGGUGGCAUUAAUCUGUUUGAAUACAAAUUAGAUUUCAGAUUGAACUUGUUACGGGAGUUAAUAAGGACAGAGCCCCACUAAUGCUGAAGUGUUAAUUUCAACUGUGCAAAUCCAGUACUGCGGUUACGAUUGUUAUGCAAUAUUACACCAGCCAGUAUGGAAACCUCACCGUAGGAAAGGGGAAAUACAGGAGAGAAUUCGCACCGGGGCUUGUUAGGCACGACUGGCGAUGCUCUUCAAGGCAAACAUGAUAUGCAGAAUUUGUUGCUAUAGGUCAGUAAACCUUGGUCACCAAACACCUAAACGUUUUCGUUCUGCAACCACUUUUCCGUCACUCAUUUAUUUAUGUAGGACUGUAGCUUUUUUAUUAUUUCAAAAAGCCUUUCAGAGCUUAAUUUAUAUUCUUCUUUGUACCUUUUUUUUUUUUUUUUUCCUAAAAUUACCAAAGAUAUUACACAAAGGUAAAUUAUGUUCUCUGUUAUAUGCUUUAUCUUGUGAAGCCAAAUAUCCUCUUAUUGUUGAUCAAAGGAGGUUGAAGAAUUUAGAGGGAAAUGACAAGCUGUGGGCUAUUGCUAACCUGAGAGGGAAACUGCUCCUUUAUUCUAGAACAUUUAGAAGGCCAAGUAGAUGUCUGAACCAAAGUUGUUACUUUUUAUUUGUAGUUCUUUACAGUGACCAAAAUGAAAUUCUGUAAAGAGGAAGGGAGGAGAGCUUUUGAGGCUAAAACCAGGAAACAGUGUUACUGGGGACGCUAGGGAUGGGAGCUGAGAAAGCAAGACGCAGUUAUUUUGCAGAGAAUUAGAGUAUCAGAUAAAGGAGACAGUUUAACAAAAUGCAGAAGAGAACAGAAAAGCUCCCACAAUUUAACUGGACCGCAUAAUAGUAUUUCUAGUUUUGAAAAGAAAAAAUAAUAAUAACUAAUUUGGUCUUUGGUUCUACAGAUUGUGUGCCACUUCUGUUUCGGGAUCGUGCUAGGAUGACUGCUUUCAUUUUGGUUGAUCUUGGCAAAUUUGCUCAGUUUUGUUUAGUUUUCGGUCAGCAUUUUUCAUAAAGAAAGAACACUCCUGUCCACUCAUAAGCUUUGGUACAAGAAAUUUUAUUGGCAGUUACUUUUAUAAAACUCAGCUCUGCUUUCUGUUAGGAAAAAAGAAAAAGAAAAAAAAAAAAAGGAAAAAAAAAAAAAGAGAGAAAUGGGGGGGAAAAAAAAAAAAACAAAAGAAAAGAAAAGAAAAAAAAAAAAAGGGCAGUCUGUGGUCAUUUGAAACAUUUAUUUUUCUUUAAAUUAUCUCCAGGCAGCUUCGUGCCGUGCCGGCGGUAGCCAGACAGGGAUGGCGAGAAUUGAGCCCUGUCCUUCUAAACUGAGUGGUUUGCUGGUUAGUUGGGUAUUCAGAAGGGGACAAAAAUCCGGUAGAUUAGUUCAUUCUCAGCAUGUGUAGCUAGACAUGAGUAAAGAUAACAGCAUGAGAAACUGUUAGUACGCAUACCUCAGUCCGAACUGUUAGGGAAUGAGUAAAUAAAAAAUACAUUUCACUCAGUUGCACUUAGUUGUAUGUCUUGCAUGCUUAGUCUAAAGACUGUAGCAAAAAUAUUUAAAAAAAAAAGAAAAAAAAAGGAAAAAAAAAGAAAAAAAGCGGAAAAAAAAAAAGGAAUAAAAAAUUAGAUUUUAACCUAUCUGGCAGGUGUCGCAGCCUUGCAGAAGAACCAACUGAAAAUCUCAGGCUUUACAUCGAGCAAACUUCACUAUGAUUUUUACAGUUCCGAUUCUGUAUCCCUUUGGAUAUACGGUUGCUUCUUUAGGGAGGGGUUUCCUAUGUUGUACAUAUAUAUCCCACUGUGUCUGUGUGAGCCUUUGUCUUGGGGGGUGGGGAGGGUGGAAAAGGUGGCGAGGUCCUUUUUUUUAGAUACUGUUCCUCAAAAGGAAUAAAUGCAGACCUGUUUGUCAAAACACCUUUUGCUUUUUGUGCAACUGCUUUAUAUUAACUAUACUAAAAAAAAAAUAGCUUUGAAAAAAAAAAAAACUACUGUAUGUAAUGGAAUUGCAGAAUACGCUGCACAUGUAUUUUAUUUAGUUAUCCUUGCUUUAAGAAUAUUGGAUGACAUUUGCUGACAUGUGGGAGAAAAUCCCUGACUUUUUUUUUUUUUUUCCAGCUUUUAAAUUGUAACAUAGUUGACAGAUUUUUUUUUUUUUCCUCUCUCUUGUUAUCAUGGAUCGAAGCAUUUUUGUACAGUUUUUGUGUUGAAGCUGUUUUUUGGUUUAUUUCGUUUUGGGUUUGUUUGUUUUGAUACUUUCCCACCCCUUCUGUUAUCUUACCACUGCCUUUUCUGGCUGUCUCCAACAAAGUUCAUAUAUUUGAAAGGUUAAAAAAAAAAAAAUCAUUUAAAAAAAAAAAAAAAAGAAAAAAAAAAAAAGAAAAAAAAAGUUUUUCUCCUGCUGCAGUAAAUAUUUUGCAUGAUGAGUUCCAGGGUCACACUUUCAAAGUUUAUCAGUGAAGUAGUGAUGAAUAACGGGGGAGUGUCAAACUAUUGAACUUUUUGUAUAAAAACAAACAAAAAACUUUACAAGGUGCCAAGAUGUAAAGACAAUUUGUUACAUGUUUUUUUUCUCAAAGAAAAGCGUACAUUAUGAAAGUAGUACCAUGUAUCAGGUAAAUCGCUGUCAGGAAUGAGAGUCAAAGCCUUCCUUGUCCACAAAACCAAGUUUGUAAAUGUAAAACCUGUUAGGUUUCUGCAUUCGACUAGAAGUGAAAUGAAAAAAUCAAGGCUUAUGUAGAGUAAGUGACCACAAAAGAGGACCUUUUUUUGAUUCUCACUCGCAAGAGUCCGGCAAGAGUUCCUGGAAUGCCCCAAUUCUGGAGCCCCGACUUCAGGGAGAGACCGGGGCGGGGGUUCUCAUCCUACAAAUAUUGCAGAUCAUUAGAUAUUUUAUAUAUAUACAUACAUAAAUAUAUAUAUAUAUAAAGUUUUUAAAAAUAAUUUUGAACUAUUGUAGUUUUCAGAUUGCCAAUAUUCUCACGCUCAUUAUAGCAUGGAAAAAAAAAAAAAAAAAAGAAAAAAAAGAAAAAAAAAAAGCGUUUAAACUCUUUUGAAAUCCUUUGGUACCUUUUGUUAAUGAACUCAGAUUGAGUUUUUAGAUGUUUCAGAAGCAAUUUAGUAUUCUAGUCUUGCGAGGUGAACUUGCAGUCAUGACUGCAUUUUAACGGACCCAGAACAGGUAACAAACUAUCUUCUACCCAUAAGCCUUGAUGAAAAUGGUACAGUCCAGACUGUUAGCAUGGUGCUUCGUGUGUAUGUGCUGCCAGUAACAAGAUUUUUUUUUUUUUCUUUUGAUAAGGCAUAAAAGAAACUCAUUCCUUACAUCAACUGUAAUUCCAUCAUUCCAUGUCUGUUGAUACAGACAAUAAAAAAUGUUGUGUAGUCAGUACUAAUUACUGACAUUAUAGCAUUCUCAAAUGCAAUAAAAAUGCUGGUUGUUCACACUGGUAA